AUGAUUUCUCCUGUUCGACCAGUGGUAGACUGUAUUUUAUAUUAUAAAUUGCAGUUGGUCCUCGUUUUCUUUGCCCUUGUUGCUGCAUCUCAAGCAGCUGUCCUCAUGCACCCGGGACUCAUUGGAACUGGUGCCAGUGCUCAAUUUAGAAGCCAAGAUGCUGUUGGCAACUAUGCUUUUGGAUACAAUGAAGGCCAUGCCUCUGGUGGCUCAUUCCGCAAGGAAACCGGAUCACAUGGAGUCGUUGCCGGAUCUUACGGAUUAGCUGUAGCUGAUGGAAGACAACGUGUUGCUAACUACGUGGCUGAUGCCGCAGGAUUCCGUGCUGAUAUCAAGACUAAUGAACCAGGCGUUAAGCCCAAGGAUCCCGCUAAUACUGCUAUUAACAAGGCUGGUAUCAUUGCUGCACCUGCAAUGGCCUAUGCUGCCGCUCCUGCUGCCGUCCAUGUUGCUGCUGGACAUCCUUUGGGAGCAUACAGUUACAAUACUGUUGUUGGACACCAUGGACUGGGACACUACAUUUUUUAAAAGACAUUAAUUCUAAAGAUGGAUUGAAAUUAACUCUGGAUUUUUGAUUCUGAGUACCUGAUGUUGCAGUUAUAGCUAUUGUUCCUGAAUUUUCUUUAGCACAAUUUCUUCAAAUUUUUAUAAGUCUAUUCGAAA